AUGGAGACCGAAACAAGUCCAAAGAUUUUGAGCUUUAGAAUAAAUAGCAACGUCAAUACUUUGAAUUCAGAUCUAAUACGUACAAACUAAUCGCAUCUUGAUUAAUCAAUCUCUAAAAUAAAUGAAUAAAAUAAGAAGAUACAUUAAUUGGGGGAAGGUGUAUUCUCAGAGAACACUGAUAGAAACAAUCAAGACUCAACCAACAAUACAAGUUGUAUAAGUAACUUGUCACCACUCAAACCUAAACAAGGUUAGAAGGAAUUCGAAAACUAAUUCACAUUUGUCAGUCAAGAAGACUCAUACAAUCAAUCAACUAUCUAGAAGUAAUCAAAGUAAGGCAAGAAUUCUCGCUUAUCUAUUUCUAACAAAAUAAACACCAGAAAACAGAGUUCAUCUUCAAUCAAAGAAUAAAUACAAGAGGAAAAAUAUUGUGGGAUUUGUGGACAAGCUGAUUAAUUUUCUAACUUCAUCAGACCUUGUCUAUGUAGAUCCAAACAACACAACCAUCAAUAAUGUGAAUAGAAGGAUUUCUGUGAAAAGUACAUAGACAAUUAAUCCAAUAAAAUAACAAAACCAUUAUAAUGUGAAAAUUGUCAUUUCAACUUUGUUAUAAAGUCUUACAAAGAUAUUAAUUUCACUAAGGCAUUUAAGGAUCCACUUAAACAUAGAAAGGUUCUGAUGUAUUUAUCGAUAAAUUUGUCAAUACUUAUUCUGGUUACAACUUUGAUCACUCUCUCCAUCUUAAAUAGAAUGCAGUUUAGAUAUCAUGUGGAAUAUAUUGCAGGUGUGAUUAUAGCCUGUCUGAUACUAAUUGGAAUCAAGAUUGUAGUUACUUGCAAUUUGAUUGAAUACAUUUCCAAUUUUACAUGGUACAUUUUAGAUAGAGAACAAGCAAAGGUCAAUGAUAAUGGAGUUAGGAUGAAUCAAUAAACAUUAAAUGUUGCUUUAGAACACCAUUAACGAAAAAAAUAACAACUUCUAUAAAUUAUGGAUCAAAUGAUAUCAAAGAAAGUACAUUCUGAACUUCCUAUCUAAAACCCAGAACAUAUCAAAUGAUUUACUUUUGAUUUUAUAUUCAAAAUCUAUUUAAUAUAGUUAAUAAAGUAA